AUGAUUAAAAAUUGGAGGCCCUUCUUGGCCUCCUCUCUGGCCGGCAACGUCUGUAACUGUAAUUGGGAUUUGGUGAUGGCCAUGGAAGGCCAAUAAUCUGUUGCUGGCAGGCGGCAAUUCCUGUUUGUAUUGUGUUGAGAUGGUGGUGGGUCAUGGAAGUAGCCGAGCGUUAGAGGAUCGGUCCGUUAAGAAGGAGGUAGCCGACCACCCUCGUGCUUCUACGGCUGCCGGAAAAGCCGUUACUCCUCCGAGGCACGGUAAAAAUACGGAUGACGAUGAUGACUUGACCCUGGCCAAUUGGUCAAAGUCUCCCAAACGAGUCCCUCCUUCAACCACGCACAAACGGAACAAGAUGGUGCAGAAUCAACACAGGCUUCAGAAAAAACAUUUGGUUUCUAUACCUAAUCAAGGCUUAUCCGAUCAGGCACAAAAGCUUGCAAGCUCCACUAAGGUGGCAACAGACAGGACAUUAUCAGCAGGAGAGGCCAGGUCGUCUGCUGUGUUUCGAGCGGAGAUGAUCCAAUCAAACUUAGAUCCGAGGGUCCCUAGCUUUGUGAAGUCAUUGGUCAGAUCACAUGUUGCUGGUUGUUUUUGGAUGGGGCUCCCUGCGUUUUUCUGUAAAAAACACUUACCGGAUAGUGACACUACCAUUACUUUGGAAGAUGAAUCUGAUAAAGAAUACCAGUUGAAAUACAUUGCUUGCAAGACAGGUUUAGGCUCUGGUUGGAGGCAGUUUUCUGCAGUCCACAAAUUGCAGGAGGGAGAUGUUUUGGUUUUCCAGUUAGUUGAGCCUUCUAAAUUUAAGGUAUAUAUAGUGAGAGCAAAUGGCUUAGGCGAACUGGAUGGGGCGGUUUCCCUUCCGAAUCUCGAUGAUUAUACCAAGCAAAAAGCAAAAGACAAUGCAAACAAGGAUGCUCAACUGAGUAAUAGCCCUAAGAGGAAACAAGAAAAAUCUGACUCGCCACCUCCAGUUGUCCAAAAGAAAAACAAGACAAGUGUGUCGAGAAUUUCCCCCAAGGUUCGGCAGUGUGCUGAACAAUGUGAAUAUGAAAGUGAUGAAGCUGGUUCAGAAGGACUGGAGAGCCUUGGAACGGAACUUAAAUUCAAGGAUGUAAAAAGCUUUGAAAAUUUCAGUAUCAUAAUUGAUGGGAUUCCCAUCGAUUCUGAGCUCCCCCAGGAGUUUCGAAAUAAGUAUUACAAACUCUGCCAUAGCCAGCAGGCCUUUCUGCACGAGAAUCUCAUAAAGGGCAUCAAUUAUAACCUCAUUGUCGGCAUUAUAUCUGAAGUUGUCAACAUUGCUGAUGCCUUGAGAUCUAGUUCACUGCAUAUUCCACCCGCUGAAUUUGCUAAAUGGGACAAAGAGUUGCUAGCCUUUGAGUAUCUGGGGAUGAAUGUGGAAUUUUUAAGACACCGGUUAUGCAGGCUUGUCAACUUGGCAUAUGAAGCACAAGAUACCUCCGAGGCUUCAAGGUAUUCGGCGUCCGCAACUGAAUUCAGUCGAGCAGAUAACGAAAUAAUGAAUAUUGAAACAAAGCUUGAAGAAUUGAAAGAAGCUUGUGAUGGUUUUGGUGCUUAUAUUGAGAGUUUGAAGUACAAAGACGAACGCUUCCAUCACAAGUUUCACCAAUGAGGUCACUGCUACUUGCUAAACAAGACUAUGUUAAUCUUUGUUAUGUGUUGUGUAGAAAUAUAACGUAUCAUAUGUA